ACCCUGGCGCGCCAUUGUGGUGGUUAGUGUUCCUCAGUUUGUCAUUUUAGUGCAGCUUGUGUGUUUUUAAUAAUUUAAGGACAGUAAUGAAUAUAUUUUUUACGAAUGUUUUAGUGCAAGUAAUAACAGUGACAAUAAUGCGUGCUGAAUCUUUUAUACCUGACUAACUGGCAUCUUUGAGUCACCACGGCUUCUUCAGAGCGUUCACUGAGUAGCGGCAGCGAUGGAGGCCGGGGCGCGCGCUCUGGACGUGCUCCCGCUACUCCAGGAGAGGGUGGCGGCUCUGACCGGCGGCCGCGACCGUCGCGGCGGCCCUAUCAUAUGGUUCCCGGCCAACUCCAGGCGAGACAGAGUCGCGCCAGAUGACUAUAGGCGACUGCUGCACUAUUUAAUCAGUAUACCUAGUGAUUCGGUGAGGUCACAUGGAUUCACGAUAUUGAUUGAUAUGCGAGGUUCAGCAUGGGCAGCUAUCAAACCAAUUUUAAAAGUUCUGCAAGAACACUUCCCUUCAUCCGUCCAUCAGGCACUGGUAGUAAAACCUGACAAUUUUUGGCAAAAGCAACGCACAACCAUAGGAGCACAUAAGUACAAGUUUGAGACAACCAUGAUUAGCUUAGAAGCAUUGCCUAAAGUAAUAGAUAGUUCGCAACUAACGCCAGAUUUAGAUGGAACACUUCAAUAUGAUCACGCGCAGUGGAUAGAUCUUCGAUUGGCAUUGGAGGAGCUAAUGUGGCAGGCUGGUGAGCUGCUAGACCGGCUCGACGAUCUGCAAGAGGAUGUCGCAAGAGCCGAUUUCGCCGAUGACGUCACGGGCGCAAGAAGAGCAAUUGACGCCCAUGCAGACAUUAGCAAACGACUUGCUAAAGUCCCAGUUGACGAACUCGAGGGUCAAGGUGAGCGAGUCCUGCAACGCCUAGAGGCGGCCGAGGCCGUGUGUUCCGAGGCAAGCGGCAGCGGCGGCGAGGCGGCCUUCCACUGCGGGUCGCCGGGCGCGGUGCGCGCGCAGCUGUCCGCCGUCCGCUCGGCGCACGCACACGCGCACAAGCUCUGGCAGCACAAGAAGAUGCAGCUCGACCAGUGCUUCCAGCUGCGACUGUUCGAACAGGACUGCGAAAAGAUGUUGGAGUGGAUCGUGAAUCAUCGUACCGCAUUCCUCGCGACUUACGUGGAGAUAGGUCGCUCGUGUGCCGCGGCCAAGCGACUGCAGGAGGAACACGCCAGGUUCGCAGCCGCAUGUACGGGUGGUGGAAGACCAAGCGUGGCUCGCGUGACAACAGCAGCGCGCCGUCUCGCCGACAAGCGUCAUUACGCCGAGUCCGAAAUCUCCGCGCUUGCGCACCGACUCGAACGGGCCUACAAACAGUUGUCGGCUGGUCUAGAAGAGCGUUCAGCGGUCCUAUCUCUAUCCGUCGUGUUUCACCAUAAGGCCGAGGCUUACGUAUCAGCUGUCGGAGGUUGGGGGGCGCAGUGUGCUGUCGCCCUACAGCUGGCGACAGGUCAGGGUGGGGCGCCGUGCAACGAUCCGCGAGCGUUGGAACAACACGCGCAGAGGCAUCGGCAACUGUACGAACAUAUGUGCCAGGCGUAUACCGAGGUCCACUCGACAAGCAAGAAACUGUUGUACCAGCUUGAUCAUCUAGUUCAAGUGUGCCAUCAAACUGAUCCUGCCGACAUGAACGACGGCACAGUAAGCAGUGCGGGCAGCAGCGGCGGCGACCCGGCGGCCGACUACAGCUCCGGCGCUAACCACGUGCUGGCCGUCAUACACCAGAUACUCGGCCACCAUCGGGCGCUAGAGGCGAGGUACCACCAGGCCCGGCUCAAGCUACAUCAGCGGCUCGCCUUGCUUUUGUACAAAGAGGAUUGUAGGCAGGUCCUCGAUUGGUUGGCAAAUCACGGUGAAGUCUUCUUACAGAAGAAUACUGGAAUAGGAAGGAAUCUCCAUAAAGCUAGAGUUUAUCAGAAAUCUCAUGAACACUUCGAAAACGUUGCUCAGAAUACAUACACAAAUGCGGAGAAGCUGCUAGCGGGCGCCGAGGAACUGGCUCGGUCUGGCGAGUGUGACCCUGAGGAGGUGUUGGGUGUGGCUCGAGAGUUGGAAGCUCAUGUAGCGGCGUUCGCGGCCCGCGUCGACAGGCGGCGGAGGCGGCUCGACCUGGCCGUGCUACUGUAUACGCACGAGAAAGAGCUGCUGCAAUGGCUAGAAACGUUACGCAGCGGCGGCGGCGUGUGCGCGUCCGACGACACUCCGGAGGCGGCGCGGCGCGCGCUCGACCAGUGCGCGCAACACCGCGCCGCCAGCCUCGACGCCUGCGCGGCGACUAUUGCUCAAGGCGAAGCUCUCUUACAAGAUCUCAGAUCAUCUGGGGAUUCCGAUGCGGCGAGUACUGCCGCCGUAGAGACGACCUUGGAACGACUUAGGGGCACUCGUGGCGCCCUCGAAGAGCUUUGGUCUGAUCGCGAAAGAAGACUCGAGCUCACUCUACAACUGAGGCACUUCGAAAGAGACGCUCUAGAGGUGUCAUCUCGACUAGAGCUGUGGGGCGAUGAGCUGCAGCGCACCGAGCCCCCUCGCGACCCGCAGCAAGCCGAGCAAGCACUGGCUGCCCACAACGAAAGUGUAGCUAGAAUGCAACAUGCCACCUUCCAGGUGGUGCAACAAGGGCAGGAGCUCGCGGCGGCUAUCGCGGACGCUUCCGAUGUGAUGGCAUCAAGUGGCUCGGACGGCUCGGAGGCGGCGCCACUGGACGCGCAGGCGCGCGUGCAACUGCUGCUCGAGUUCUUACAUGACCGGCAACUCGACUUGGAGGAGCUGGCCGAAGAAAGACGCGCUCGCUUCGAGCAGUGCGUGCAACUUGGUCAAUUCCAAAAGGACGCAGCUCAAGUGGUCAGUUGGAUACGUAACGGCGAAGCCAUGUUGGCCGCGUCGUUCUCCAUUCCCGGCACUCUGUCCGAGGCUGAACAGCUGAAGCGGGAACACGACCAGUUCCAAGUGGCUGUUGAGAAGACGCACGCGAGCGCUGUGCAGGUCAAGUACAGGGCCGACGCGCUGAGGGCUGCCAAUCAUUACGAUCCACAUACUAUCAGAGAAAUCUCUGAAGAGGUAACUGAACGCUGGCAACGGCUUGUAACAUGCGCUGAAGAGCGUCACAAGCUAGUGACAGCGUCUCUCAACUUCUACAAGACGGCGGAGCAGGUGUGCUCGGUGUUGGACUCGCUGGAGCGCGAGUACCGGCGCGACGAGGACUGGUGCGGGUCCACCGCCGCGCCGCCCGCCGACGAUCAAACACAACAGCAGAACAUCGACAAAGCCGCACAAGUGGCCGCUUUGAUUGUAAAGCACGGUGAACAGAAGGAAGCCUUCCUUAAGGCGUGUACACUGGCUCGUCGUACGGCGGAAACCUUCCUCAAGUAUGCAGCAAGGUCGGCUCAAGUUCACGGCCAGACCGCUGCCGCCAGCAAAGCUCAUCACGAACAAACCAGAGCCAUACUUGACACACUCCUGGCACAGGAGAAUAAGGUAUUAGAACACUGGACAGUGCGCAAAAAGCGUUUGGAGCAGUGUCAGCAGUUCGCCUUGUUUGAGCGGUCAGCCCGCGCCGCCGUUGAGUGGAUCAAGGAGACCCAGGAGCGGUGCGGCGCGGCGGCGGCGGCUGCGGCCGGCGGCGUGGCGCGCGAGUCCCGCGAGCGAGUGCGCCUGCUCGCGCAGCUAGCCGACGGACUCGUCGAAAAGGGACACCCGCAUGCCGUGCAGAUCAAGGAGUGGGUCGCCGCUGUAGAUGCCAGAUAUGCGGAGUUUAGCGGUUCCAUGGAAGGCGGUGAGAGCGAACCGGAGAGUGACUCGGGUGUGGCACCGUCGCUGGCAUCGUCGCAAUCCGCUGAUAACGACACGCGCGUCGAGCCGCAGCCCACCGCCGUCGGUGACGACAAACGACGCAGCGCGAGGCGCAAAGAAUUUAUAAUGGCGGAGUUGCUCCAAACCGAGCGUGCGUAUGUCAAAGAUUUGGAAACGUGCAUAACAUGUUACCUGCGUGAGAUGCGCACGGACCCCGGCGCUGUACCACAGGCGUUGCAGGGCAAGGAGGAGAUCAUAUUCGGUAACAUCGAAGAGAUCCACCGUUUCCACGAGCGCGUGUUCCUCCGCGAGCUUGACAAGUACGAGACGAUGCCGGAGGACGUCGGCCAUUGCUUCGUAACGUGGGCGCGCGAGUUCGACAUGUACGUGUCAUACUGUCGCAACAAGCCCGACAGCAACGCGGCCGUCGUGCAACACGCUGGAGAUUACUUCGAGAGGGUGCAACGUAAGAAGAAGUUGGAGCACCCGCUCGCGGCGUACCUCAUCAAGCCGGUGCAGAGGAUCACCAAGUACCAGCUGCUGCUCAAAGAUCUUCAAGCCUGCUGCGCUGAGGGACAGGGAGAAAUCAAGGACGGUCUGGAAGUUAUGUUGUCGGUGCCGAAGAAGGCAAACGACGCGAUGCACCUCUCGCUGCUGGAGGGCUGUGACGUGCCUACCGACAGCCUCGGCGAGGUCGUCCUUCAGGACUCGUUCCACGUGUGGGACCUGAGGCAGAUCAUCAAGAAGGGCCGCGAGAGACGCGUCUUCCUCUUCGACCUACAUCUCCUGCUCGCUAAGGAGGUCAAAGACUCCCAUGGAAAAGCCAAAUACAUUUACAAGACCAAAUUUAUGACCUCUGAGCUUGGAGUAACGGAACACAUCGAGGGUGAUGAGUGUAAGUUCUCCGUGUGGACCGGCCGCGAGCCUAUGGCGAGCGACUGCCGCAUAGUGCUGAAGGCACCUUCUCUUGAGGUCAAGCAGACCUGGGUGCGACGCCUCAGGGAAGUCAUACAGGAAACCUACUUCAGUGGUGCCUUGCAGCAGCCACCACGCAGUCCUGCUCGCGUGCGGCCGACCAGCUCACAGCGGUCUAGCAGGGACCUUGACGACACGAUUCUCGAUGAAACAACGGAGAAUCUUGACCGGAACUCGCUCGCCUCUUUCGGCAGCGGGAACACCACCGACUCAGAUAAGGCCGGUCCUGAGAUGACAUGGGUGGUAGCCGAGCACAACGCCUCGGGUACCGGAGAGCUGUCGGUCUCGAAGGGCCAGCAGGUGGAGGUGGUGGAGUCGUGGCAGGGGCGCGCCGACUGGUGGGUGGUGCGCGUGCCGGGCGAGCCGCCGCUGGAGGGCGCCGUGCCCGGCCACGUGCUCAAGCCGCAGCCGCAUCACCAUCCGCAGCAGAAGACCUCGCCCUCCCGCCGCCCGCUCAGCCAACCCUGCGAUGAAACCGUUGAAGCUUCUAACUCGGACCCCGGAGGGAGCGCGAGCGCCGCCAGCCCGGUCAAACAACGAAAAGCAUUUAGUGGGAAACGUUGGCUGGGACUGCGCAAGCAAUCUCAAGGGAAGAAUGAAAAGGGACCAAGCGGUGCCCAAUCCCCCGCAAAUGCUGAAAAACCGGUCCCAUUGAAGAAAAUACCAUCGGACAAGAAACUUAAAUUGCCGUAUAGCACCGUCGGCGAAAACAAUGGCCGUGGCGAUGACCACGACGUCGGUAAGGGCGUUCCCGGUGCGCUGGACGAGGCUGAAGACGAAGCCGCCGACGUGGAGCUGCCGCCGCCCAUGAAACCCAUACAGAAUCCUCAAGCCGUGCUGCAGGCCCCGCAGCCCGCCGCGGCCGCGUCCGCUCCCGCCGCCAGGAACUCUUUGGGUAUGGAUGCUAUGGAAAGCAAUGGCGGGGCUGCCGACAUAGCUGAAAUCGUCCAGAUCGUCAAAGAGAAAAUGGAGCAACACGGCGGUGCUUCAUCAUCUGGUCGCAGUGGCGAGGAGGAGGAGCCUCCAGCCACUCCCGGGCCCGACUCGUACGAGGCCAUCUGCAAGAAGCGCGAGUACGUGCUGCGCGAGCUCGUCGACACCGAGGAGAUCUACGUGUCGGACUUGCGUCUCGUCUGCGAGGGAUACAUGAGGCACAUGCAGGAUCCGAACGCGGACCCCGGCCUGCCCGAGGGCCUGCGCGACCGCCAUCGCAUGAUAUUCGGGAACAUCGAGGCCAUUUAUGAAUGGCAUCGCGAUAAAUUUGUCAGGGAGUUGCACCUGUGCGUGGAGGAGCCCGAGCUGCUGGGCCCGCUGUUCCGGCGCUUCCUCGAGAAGCGCAUGUUUCUGUACGAGACGUACUGCCGCAACAAGCCCGUCUCCGAGUACAUCGUGUCCGAACACGAUCACUACUUCCAAGAGCUGCGCAUCAAGCUGGGACAGAAGCUUCAGCUGGGCGAUCUGCUUAUAAAGCCCAUACAACGCAUACAGAAAUAUCACCUGUUGGUGAAAAAGAUCCUGUCGUACUCGGAGCACGCGAACUGCCCGCCUCACGUGGUGGCGUCCCUGCGUGAGGCGGUCGAGUGCACUGACAUCAUUCCCAAGAAUGCUAACAGCAUGAUGGACGUGGGCCGCCUGCAAGGAUUCGCGGGAAAUAUCACGGCCCAGGGAAAACUGCUUAUGCAAGAAUCCAUGAUGGUGACUGAUGUGUCGUCUGGUAGUGAGAAGACCAAGGAGUUGCAAGUGUUCCUUUUCGAGCAAUGCAUCAUCUUCAGCGAGGCUGUUGGCAAAAAAAGCCAGUACAGUAGCCCCGCUUACAACUACAAGGCGCACGUGCAAGUCAACAGAAUGGACGUCGAGGAGCUCGACGUCCAGGGUGCCUUCGUAGUCCACUCGGACGACCCCAGCAAGCAGAAGAGAUCGUACAUGUGCCGGCCGUCGGAGGCCACUCGGGCCGAAUGGCUGUCCACGUUGAACAGCAUCCUGACGCUGCAGAAGAACUUCGGCGCGGCGCUGGAGAACCCGGGCGCGUACCUGCGUGAGCAGCUGACUCGCGAGCCCGCGCGCGACCCCGCCGC